GAAUAAUCUUCAAAGCAUAUCAAACUUGAGAAGGGCCCUAGAUCUAAAAAAAAAAAAAAAAAAAUCAAGAGUUAAUAUCGACUCUUCCCUCUUCCACUCCGGUAAUCAUCUCGUCCCCAGAGAAGAUCCCGACAACGAGCUCACCACAACCACCAUGUCGGCACAAGAAACGGUGACGUCGUAGUUCUCUUGAGAAUCCUGACCGAGCUUCAUCUUGUCAUCUUCAGGCGGUAGAAGAAGAUUGAUCUGUCCACUCCGAGGCAGGAGCUUUAAACGUGUCGACAGAGAUGAGGAGAGGAUUCGCUCGAUUCCAGAGCCAAGGACAUAGGAGAGACGCCGCAAAAUUUGUUGGUUCACGUAUCCUAAAAAAUUGGUUGGGUCACGUGAAAGCUUGAUGAGGCCCACACAGGACCCAAUAGUAUUCACAGCCCGAGUAAACAAAGAAGUUGGGUUUCUUCUUGCCGAGAAAAGCUCCACCGACGGAAGCUGCUCGCCGACUCCAAGCUCUGUUACUCAUUGCGUUGUCUUGAAGCUUUUCGUCACAUAUCUUGAAGCUUUCCCCAAAAUUUCUCGAUUUUGGAUCUGCACACCAGUUGUUCGACGAAUUGACUCAGAGCUUCUUCAUGAGUUUGUGAAGAAGACUCUUGAAGCUUCAAGACUGGACGGGAGUAAUCUCAUGGCGAGAUGCAAGGAAGAAACGUCACUACUAGAUGAGUUCUCACAUGGCAAUCACAACAACGGUGAUGAGAAGGAUGACGAUAGCUAGCUGAGAACAAGUCUUGAGCUUAGAUAAAGACAUCAGCUUUGGUACCAAAGCAAUGGCGACAUUGGCCUCCUGCUGCACCUCUCGAUCUUGUGCCGCGAUUUGCUAUCGAGAGAGAGCGAGUUCAUGUCUUUGUGAGAAGCACUAAAGCUCUGAGGUUGAUAAAGGCUGAAGCUUUUAGAUUCAGACCAGGUUCACGAGACUUUACGAGCUUAUGUGCUUCUCCAACUAUAGCCAAGUCAACUUGUCAGCUUGACUUGAGAUCACCAAGGGAUUGAGAGCAUCUUUUUAUCUCGUCACAUUUGUCUUGGCAUAAUCUUGCCACCAGCUUCUGAAUCAAUGACGAAAAUCCCAUCACACUCCUUUAAAGCUCUUGAUUCUAUUUGCCGGCUUGUUCUGUGAUAGGCAAAGCUCAUCACCAUGUCAAAAAAGUUGAGGACUUUCAUCCGCAGGGGACUACCAACGAAGCCUGGCUUCUCUGAUCAAGCUCAGCCUCGCUUCUCAGAUGUCUAAAAUGAAGCCAUUCUGGAGAAACAACAAGAAGGGACUGCGUGGAAGAAGAGCUCAGACAUGCCUCUCUUUCCGUACACGAGACGGCUCCUCAUUGUCGACUGCUCCAAGCUCUGAUUCAAGCUCCAAAAGAAACAGAAGAAAACAGAGGACAUGACCAGCACGUUGUCUCUUCAUGGUCAACUCAUGCUCAUCUACUACAAAAAAAAAGAAAAAAAAAAGGAAUAACUUUCUUCUCCAACAACUCACGAUGAUCAUCAAAGAUAAGUGUUUCAUACUGUAUAUUUAAUUUUAUGUGAUAACUCAGUGUUGCUUGUUUUAUUGUUCGUGACCUGUGCAACCUGCUUAGUAUAUUAAUUAAUUAUUACUACUGUUUGCGACUCAUAAACAUUAAAACUUGCUUGUCAAUUAUACAAAGCUUACCGAUUACUUUUUGCUAACCUUGAUCUGAUCAUCAUCAUGUUUCUUUUUUGUGAGACAGAAUCAAUUGCCAGUGUUAAUCCAAAAAGAAAAAUCAGAGCCAAGAACAAUGCAAAGUCCUCAAGUCACCUCGUCACAACGACGUCCGGAGGCUAGAGACGAACCAUCUCGGCAUAUUCAUGUUUUCUGCAAUCGAUAAGCAGACAUGUGACCUGCGUCAAGAGUGACAAGCUCAGAUCAUCACAACGAGCUUGCCGCAACCGGCACAAGCUCUAGACAAACCCGUUGAGCUCGGCUUGGAUAAGAAAUAACUACACCAGCUUGGCUAGAGUCACUAUGAUCGCUGAGCCAAAGGGAAUCAACACAUGGUUGCCACCAUCAUAACCUCGUGCUUCGAAGACUCUCAGCUACGAGCUCAUCACAAGCGGCACAAGCUAGCGCGUUUCUCGACAUCAUCAUAGCCUGACGAACAUACAAACCAACAACUUGCUCGACAUACAACGAUCUCAACACGAGACUUCGGGUCAGCAAUAGUUCGGUAAACUUGUAUAUUAGGCACGAGUUUGCAAUCGACUCGCUUAUUGUUGGACACGAGUUUACAAAAACUCAUCCUUGGCUAGGCACGAGUUUACAUAAUCUCUCCUUCUACUAGGCACGAGUUCAGUAAACUCUCCUUUGUCUCGGCAUGAGUCUAGUAAACUUGUCUUUCAUUAAGCACGAGUUCAAAGCAAACUCGCCUUUUACUAGGCACAAGUUCAAAGUAAACUCGCCUAAACCGUCACAGGCAUGAAUGUGUCUAAUUCAUUGUCUAAUAAACCCUAUUCAUAAAAUUCACAGAGAUCGACUUCGUCUCUCUCUAUGAACUUGGGGGGACUUACUGUUGGGGGUGGAUUCACAUCUUUCCCGAGGCCCAUUAGACAAUGAAUUGGGCCCAUGUCAUUAGGAAGCCCUAGGUCUCUCCUUUCUAUAAAUAAGGAGUUACUUCCUCUUUAGGAAGGAUCUUCUUUACUUUUUAGAUCAAGAACACUUCCUACAAGGAUUUGAUUGAUUUUAGAUUCAUUUAUAUUCCAAAUGAUCUCGGUAAUACAAUCU